AUGAGGAACCCACGGACCGAUUUAGCCUUGACAUUCUGGCUAUUUCUAGAGGCUGUAGAGGCCAAAAAGUACUGCUGGUAUUUUGAUGGUGGAUACCCGAUAUACUUCAUAUGUCGCUCAUACGAGGACUGUUGCGGGACUCGCUGCUGUGUAAGAGCGCUUUCCAUCCAGAGACUCUGGUACUUCUGGGUGCUGCUGAUGAUGGGGGUGCUUUUCUGCUGUGGCGCCGGUUUCUUCAUCCGUAGAAGGAUGUACCCCUCAUCUCUGCGAGAUGAGCCUAACUUCAAUGUGUCUUUCACGAGGCACCCCGUCACCUCUCCAGUUUCCCAGCAGCCAGGAAGUAUGCAAGGCUUCGGCGUGAACGGGAUGACGGGCGCGGAUCCAACGCUUGCCAUGACGCACCCCGGGUACUCGUCACAGCCCGGCUCCACCCACAUGUUGCUGGCCUCCUAUCCGCCACCCCCGUCUUACUGCAACCACCCGCCGCCGUCCUAUGAACAAAUUUUCCACAAUGACGACAAGAAGUAA